AUGGUGGAGCUACCGCAAGCCCUGCUCAAGACCGAUUUACUAGAAGACAUACCAAACAUUGCCGCACAAGCCCUAGAAAACUCAGAAAGAGUUCCCGCUCUAAAAGACGUCAUUGGAGAAUAUCUGAUUCCAUUGGUACUUAGAAAUAUAGGAUGCUCAGACGCCGGAGUGGACAAAACAGCUCAGACUACCCUGGUGCAUCUCAUACAGCGAGACUAUGUCACACAAACCCAGGCCGAAAUCAAAAUAUGCCCCUCGAUUUUGGCCCUUACGAAAAUGGAAAGUCAGCAUCAACUAGAUGUCAACACUGGUGCUAUUAUGCCUAAAAUGAAUUUUUCCAAUUACAGAUUACAGAAAAAUGCUCUACCCAAAGAAGAAACGUUUGUUGACUACGCAACCCGUCAAUUUGGUUGUGUACCGUUCCUAUUCGUACAGGUAUUGCAGCCAUUUUGA